AUGUCUCGGUGGGACGAGCCAGCGCAGCCCAGAUUGCGCUAAGCUCCUCAGUAAGCAUGUAAAUUAAGCAUAAGAGGUAGGGCCGGCGCAACUCUGUUGUUUGAUGAACCCCAGAAAACGUAUAUCCAUAUCAUUCUCAGUGUUGCAAUUCCCUUGCUGCUCUUACGCAAACGCCGGCUUUCUUGCGCACUUAUCUGCUAUUCCAAACCUCCUCAAUAUCACGCCGUCAAGAUGCGCUUCACUACGGUCUUCGUCACUGCCUCAUCGCUGCUCGGCGCCUCGGCCCUCCCCGGCAAUGAUGUACCCACACCUGUCGCCCGUGGCAUUGAGGCCCGCGAUACAGCUGCUUGCACAAGUGCUGCCAGCAAAUAUCUUCCUUCCAUAACCGACAGCGUCCCAACGCCAAGCGGCGAGGUUCUCACCUACCUCGCCACCGCCACCCUAACCGACGAGUGUGCCUUCCCCACCGUCACCGGCACGUUGGGCAGCAGCCUCAGCAACUACGCCAGCUCUUAUAGCUCGUGGCAGAGCCAACACCUCCCAGAGGUCCGUUCCGUCUACCAGGCCUGCAGCGACGUUCCUGAGGUUACCAGCGAGCUGAACUCGUACUUUGCCGGCGCCACUGGAAGCGCCUGCAGCUCUAUCCUGGCUCAGAUCACCUCUGCGAGCAGCUCCAAGAACGCCGGUCCACGCGAGACCGGCAUGCCCUUCGCAGCUGCCGCUCUGGCUGCUGGUGUGGCUGUCGCUAUGCUCUAGUAUGUGCGACAGACACAGUGCAGAAGCGUAACAAAGGUCGAAUGUCCGCGUGGCUCCAAGAACGUCGUUCACGUUCAGUGAGCAGUGAGCGUUAAAUCGAAGGGCAGAGGCCUUGCACGGAGGAGAGUGGGGGCAAUAAUUUCCAAGUUAAUGAAUCAUGAUGUG